UGUAAAACUCCGAGAAGUAUUCGUACAAUUUGACACGGUCUUGCAGUUUUUGCUAAAGUAAUAUAUAAUAACAUAAAUAGGCUGCAUAAAAUAUAUGAUGCUGAACGGCAGUGAACGUAAUGCAAAAAAAUGGCCCAGCACCCUGGAAAAACGUUUAACUUACAUAAGCUGGACACUAUUGACUGUCGCUGUCUCACUAGCUAUGGGAAUCCUAAUCGUUUUGCGCGACAAGAACUCAAGUAAUGAGUGUUUAAGCCCAAGUUGCGUACACUCCGCUGCGAUGAUACUACAAACCAUCGAUGCAACCCAAAGCCCAUGCGACAAUUUUUACAAAUUCUCGUGCGGAAAUUACUUACGGGAAAGUUACCUGCAAAAUGAUAAAGUCUGCCUAGACAACCACGCAUUGCUUCACCAGCGAAUACAAGAACAACUUAAAAUAAUAAUAGAAAGCCCGCUUUCGCUAGGUGCUCCAAAACCUUACCAUCAGUUGCAGAAGUUGUACAAUCUUUGCAUGAAUACUACAGCCAUUGAGAGAGAAGGUAUAAAAACGGCCAUAGAUAUUAUCAACAGCGUGGGCAGCUGUCCCUUACUUAUUGGAAGCCGAUGGAAUGCCACCAAUUUUCACUGGAGCAAUCUUGUAUACAAUCUCAAACGCGUGGGCCUUAACCACGACCAUUUUAUUACCCUCAAGGUAUCUGUGGACGAAAGAAAUUCAUCAUACCACAUUCUCACGAUUGAACCAACCCAACCUAAUUUCGCUACUAAUUCUACAUUGCAAAGCUCGGUCCUAAAGCACUUAUCGAAAAUUAUAAGAAACUUUGGCGUGAACACAACAAAGAGCUUGGUUGAACUGAAAGAGGUUCUAGACUUUGCGGCAAGACUGACCAAUAUUUACGUUAGCUACCAUCCUACGAUGAACAGAUCCCCCUUUUAUAACCAAAUGACGCUUAGAGAGUUGCAAUAUCGGUUUCCAAAGACUGAUUGGAUGGAGUAUGUAACGAACAUCGUUAGUUUGCCCGAUGUAACAUUUAGCUAUAAAGAACCAAUUGUUGUACGUGUUCCCCAGUAUUUGGGCGAUUUGGAAAAGUUAUUGGAGAACACCCCAAACGAAAUUCAAGCGAAUUAUAUCAUUGUAAGAGUUUUAGUGUCUUUAAUUUCACUCCUUAGCAGAGACUUGGGUAUGCUGGUAAUGGAAAACGAGGAAUUUGUGGAGGGUCAACCAACUUGGAAAAAAUGUAUAGAUGUUGUGCAAGGAAGUGUAGGUUUACCAUUGCUCGCAAUGCAUGAAGGUAAGUACUUCAAAAAUCAGGACUAUGAGCAAGUUAGAGAAAUCGCAUUUGCUGUUCAAGAGGAAUUUCGCGCUAUGUUAAAUGAAAAUGAAUGGCUUGAUGAGAUUACAAGGCAAACUGCCAUUGAUAAGUUAAACGCAUUUUCAUUUCACAUCGGGUUACUCACACUAGAUGACACACUAAUCGCUAAUUAUUACGAUAAACUGGAGAUAAGUUCCGAAAAUUACUUAAAAGCAAUGAUGUCCGUUAAUUCAGUUUUGCAACACAUGCACUACAGCUGUUUACGCCAUUUGGUUGGUACAGUAGACUGGAUGGACCAUACCGUAUUAAACAAAAUGGACCUGAUCUACUCGCAAACAGGAAAUAAGCUACUAGAUAUUCCUGGACAUAUUCUUCAGGGAAUAUUUUUCAACGCCAGUCGGCCUCGUUAUCUGAACUACGCCACUGUUGGCUCCUUGAUCGGGAGUGAAAUUACAACCGGAUUUGGGAGGCAAUACGAUAAGCAUGGGAAUGUAAAUAAUUGGUGGGGGACUAAAAUUGAAGCAGUAUUUCUGGAAAAAGAGGAGUGUGUAGCUAGUAUGCUUUUCAAUUCAAUCGAAUUACGAUCUCAAGUUGAAAUGUUGGGUCUUACUGGUGGGCUAAAACAGUCAUAUUUGGCGUACAUGAAAUGGACAAAGAGGAAUGCUACAGAAGCACCGCUUGCUGGUUUAACUUACAAUCAAGAGCAAUUGUUCUGGAUUUCGGCUGCGCAACUGUGGUGCCAAAAAUGUGGUGACAACAAUUUACAAAAUUUUGCAGAGUACAAAGUCAAUGAAGCUUUUAGAAACUCAAUAAACUUUUCCAGGGAUUUUAAAUGUUCAUUAGGUUCACCGAUGAAUCCAACAAAAAAAUGUAACGUUUGGUGAUUGUUGUUCGUAAUAAAAUAUGAAGUAUU